UACUUAUUUUUACUUAUUUGAACUUAUUAGUAUUGAUUUGAAAUUAGUUGAACUUAUUAGUAUUUAGAAAAUUUUUGUCAGAAACCACCUUUUAUAACACUUUUUUUUUUGGAAAAAACCACCUUAUAAUUUUUUAAUGUUUGUAUAUACACACCUUAAUUGUUUUUUUUUUUGCAAAAUAACCCCAGUUGCCGGAUUCUCGACGUUGACUAAACAUUCCGGCGUUGAUUUUGGCAUGUGAGGGGCACGUGACCCAAAUAUUCUGCCCCCUCUAAUUUUCCCCUUUUUUCCCUAGAAUUCUACUCUCUAUCUUCUAUGCACACCUAAUUAACUCCGUUUUCUACUUCAUUUGAACUUCUCAUUCAAUUCUCCUCUGUGACAACCAUCUGCCAUGGCAAGAAACAAUUGAAUGCUUCAAUUGGUGGGGUAAAGCUGGCCUAAGGAAGAAGGAAGGUUGCUGCGAAGACUACGCGUGGUGGGGGGACCAAUUUCAGAAUAAUCCAAAAGCCCAGGUUUAAUGGUAGGAUAAAUAUAUAUUAUCCUUGGUUUAAGUUCAUGGAUCCAAUAUUUCCCAAAUACUGCAUUAAAUUAGUUGUUUUGGAGCCAAAGUCCCUCGCUUAGGGUUCCAGUAGUCCCCUCUAGGGUUUGUAGUACAGUAAGUUAGUGGCGAUCAGUGAUUCUUCUUUGGAUUUCUCUGUAAUCUUGAUCUCUUUGAGUGCUUUAACAAUCCUAUUCCCAUGGCGAACGUAUAAAUUAAGGAAUGGGAGAAACUAAAACUAACUGAAGACGAAAUUGCGGUGAUCGGAGGCGAUUCUCUACAAUCCAAUAUGGAGGAAUCUACUGCUCAAUUAAAAUUGUCUCUGGUUGGGAAACUUUGCACAAUAAAACCCUAUAACUCUGAAGCAUUGAAACGAACCUUACAAUCAAUCUGGAAAUUGAAGGAAGGUGUUGCGAUUAGGUUUGUGGAUACUAACUUAUUUGUUCUCCAAUUCUUUUGUGAGGGGGACAAAGAUCGGGUUAUCGAAGAAAGCCCAUGGUUCUUUGAUGAUAAAAUUCUGUUAAUGAAACAGCUCCAAGGAGAUGAACAUCCUUCGAAGAUUGUAUUCACCCAUACUCCCAUGUGGGUGAGACUUCUUGAUAUGUCCUUUAAUAAGCGUAAUGCUGCUACUAUGUAUGACGUUGGUGAACUUCUUGGAGGUUUCGUUAAACUGGAUGAAGAUGACCCAUUAGGCUUGAGCGAAUUUGUUCGUAUGAAAAUCUUGGUGGAUAUCAGAAAACCGUUGCGAAGAGGAUUAAUGCUUGCUACAAGCUUGCCACUUCAAAGUGGAUUGACAUGAAAUAUGAAAGGCUAGCAGACUUCUGCUUCUUUUGUGGGAUGCUACACCACACUGACCGUGAUUGCCAUAACAAAGAAACUGCUGGGAAUGAAGAGGAUAAUCUGGUAUUUCAAUAUGGUCCUUGGCUCAGGGCAACGCCUAGAAAACAAGCAAGGAUUAACCUGAACGAAAGAGAGAAGGAAAGAAGAUGGAAGGAAAACUUGGUUGCUUGCUCUUCAGCCAAGUCAAAAAAAUUCAACGAUCCUGGAGUGAUCAAGUUAGGACCCCCGGGAGCAGCACGCAAAUUGCUGUUCAACUCACCAGAUUGUGGCAAAAAACCUGGUGUGUUAAGUUCUGAGAGGAAGGCCAAACUUGUGGCAGAGAAUGUGGGGGAAGGACUAUCUCCAGUGUUGCGUGCAAAAAGUGUUGAUAGCAUAAGUCAGAAGAGUCAAAAACAGGAUGAGUUAUUUACUCAUACUAUCCAGCCAGAGAGUGAACUUAAUCCUACUACUCACAAGUCUACUGCAGCCUUCAAUGCAAGAAGCCAGAACCUGACUGUGAACACUUCAGAACAGCAACAAACAGAGAUGAUGGAGGGCAUAGAGAUCCUUCCCAACCCCUGAAAACAAUCAUUGCAAGCUCUGCAGUUACUGUUUAACAUAGCUCCCGGAAAAGAAGUGCCGAAGAACCAAAAACCAGCAUUGAUGAUGUGAAGAAGGCGAAGUACAAUUCUGUUUCUCAAGCCGGAGACGGGGUAAAUCAAGUAGAGGGUGUUGGGACCGACCAACCCCUCGAAAAGCAAUCAAUUCUUUAUGUUGGAACGUUCGAGGCCUUGGCAAUCCUCGAGCGGUUGGCGCACUUCGAAAUUGGUGUGCUUCUUUAGCCCCUAAUCUUGUUUUUCUUUUUGAAACAAAAAUUAAUAAAGUAGCUUCGGAAAAUAUUAAACAUAGAUUAGGCUUUGAUUGUGCUUUUGGUGUUAGUAGUGAGGGCCUCUCAGGGGGUCUAUGCUUGUACUGGAAUAGUAGCUUUAUUGACUUUGUUCUGAUUUCUUAUUCUGCUCACCACAUUUGUGGAAAAGUUAUGCAAGGUGAUCUUGUUUGGUAUUUUGUGGGUAUUUAUGGUUGGUCUGAAACUGCUGAAAAACAUAAAACAUGGUCCCUUAUUAAUUCUCUUUGUGAUGGUAUUGAUGGCCCGAUUCUUAUUGGAGGUGAUUUCAAUGAAAUCCUUAGUAUGGAGGAGAAAUAAGGUGGGGCCGAUUCUAAGCGUAGGGCUAUAAGAGGCU